AUGUCACGCAACACCUAUCGCCGGGAGCCACCGGCCCUGCGCGGACGCCGCAACUCCCGGCGCUGUGGUGUCUCCCGAGGGGACAAGGGCAGGACCGGCCCGGGGCGAGCCCAGGUGCGGCAAGAAGAGCAGGGCUCCGCCGCGGGCCCAGAAGAAAGCCUGACUCAUUUCGUGACGGCGGCGGCGGGCUCCUGGGAACUCAACUCGCGGGGACACCACCCAGGGCGCGCACACCCGAGACCGGGGCUCCAGCACCCUCCGCGGGCCUCGCCCCUCGCCGCGGCGCCCCCUCCUCUGCCGCGCGCCCGCGCGCCCGCCGCGCGCGAGAAAAGAGCGGACACGCCUAACCUGGCGCGCGCGGCCCGCGCCCCUCAGCCUGCCCCACCCCCACUCAGAAUCCCACAGUCCGACCCGGAUCCGCUCCCUCGGCUGAAAUUCCCCACCCCCAACACCCCAGGCGUCGGCGCCUCCGCCAGCCUUCGGCAAUUUCCGUGUCGAGACCGCGUUCGGCAAGGCCCGAAGACCCGCCGCCUCCUCGCCGGCCAGACGAGGCUUUAUGUCUGCGGCGCUGGGGCGCAUGCGCAGACGCCAUCUUUCCUCCGUCCCCUUUCCUUGCCCCCUCCCCCCGUCGCCACCGCCUCCUCCUCUCGCCGGCAGUCGCCCCUCCUCCUCCUGCGCUCGGGCGCUGGUCCCUCCUCUCCCAAUGCCGCGAGAGACUGGGGGAUACGGGGGAGUCGGGGGAGCCGGAGAAGGGCACUGUUAGCCACCAGAGCCCCCUCCCCGCCCGACACCCUCCCUCAACACCCACCCACUCACCCGCCCCGUUUGCCAACACCGGCCAACCCCACCUCUCGUUCCUUUGAACGGCGUCGGCUGCAGUCGCUGCACCAGCCCGUCUGGCCACCAACGCCGCCGAGAAAGGAGCCGCCGCCGCCGCCGCCUGGGCCGCGGGAGCAGCGGGGUGAGGACGAGCCGGCUGCGGAGACGACGACAAGCGAGGCGCACAGCCCUCCGCUCCAGCGCACGUCCCGCCGCCCUCCGGGGAGCCUCGGGCGCCGGCCCCUUCCUCCCCGAGGACGUGUGCCGAGCCGAGGCGCCUGCCCUGAGGGAGGAAAAUGCUCGGGCUCCAUGGCUGCCAGUGAUGGAGCGGUCCCUGGGCUCCCGCUGCCACCGCCGCCGCCGCGACCCGGCCGUGCUCCGCGAGGACCCGGCGUCUCUGCGCGCCCGCCCGCGCCUCGUUGCCGGGCUCACCGUACCGGGCGCCCCGCCGCCGCCCCGCUCCGAGCCUCGCCGCCCCAGCCGCGGCCAGCGUUUCCUCCCGGAGCAGCCGCCGCGAGCCCAGGGGGUUUGAAAGGCUCGCCCUCGAAGGCAGUAGCGACCGGCCCCGGUGCCUUCGGCUGAGGAGGAGGAGGAAUCGCGCCCGGCAGAGCGUCAGUCCCGUUUUCCUCUCCGGCUCUUCAGU